AUCCAAUAUGGCGACUUUUGCUGAGCAACUUCGUGCUCUCGCAAAUCCCGAACCAAGCCGUUUUGAUCUGGAUGAUGAUGAAUUUGAUCUCACUAGAGCACAGAUAACUAAUAGAGAUACGGAUGUUGGUAAUUUAGAAGAGCAAAAGUUCUCUAGAGGUAAUAAUUUGCGCAAGAAAGCGGUGACGCUUUUGCAAGACGAGGACAAGAAAUACGCCGGCCGAAAGAUUACACGUGCUCAACUCGAAGUGUCAAGAGACCAGGCGGAUCGAUCAGAUACCGAUAAGGAAAGUGCAGGAGAGAAUGAAUUUCAAGGUACUGAAUAACUGGCCUUAUAUCGAUCUAAUUUAUUCUUGAUUUUAUAGUCCAUCUAAUACAGCUGUCAGAAGCAUAAAACCUGAUAAGAUUAAAACACACGUGGUACAGAUUGGAAGCUUAUUUCCCGAAUUGCGAAUGCCAAAAGCUGACACAUGAUAUGUACCCAAAACUCGAUAUUUUUUCUGGGCCAUGUCAAAAGCUAAAAAACUGUGGGAGUGUCAGUGAGUCGUUUUGCGUACUUGUUGGGUCAGUUCCCUAACAGCUUUUUCCUGAUCAGUGGCUGAAAGAACGAGGUACAUACAUGUGUAUUGCACUUUUUUGUAUCAUGGCUGAGAGAAUGAAGCAUAUUAUACAUGCGCAGCACUCAUUUCGCUUCUUAGCAGAUCACCAUAAGACAUUAGUGAAUGGGACGUUAGCGAAACGACUCACUGUUGAAGCAAAACGACCUUGCAACAUGGUCGGAAGAGUCCUAUGCAUGAGUUCCAUGCUUUUGAUAAAGUGAUGAUCACUAUUAGUUUUACGUCUUAAGGCUGAUGAUAACAUGCUGGAAGGGAAUUACACAAUAAUCUUUCUUGUUGAAAAUGUAAGAAUGUCAGUAUUCAUUUUUCUGUGUUAGAACUAACAUGGUAUUAUAAUUUUUCCAAUUCCAAUGUUUUGUAGACGAAGGUGACUUUCCGAAUGGAAUGGGAGAGUCAGAAGAUGAUGAUAAUGAUGAUGAUGAUGCAGUUGAAAAUGAAGGAAGUGAGGAUGAUAGUGAUGAUAUUCAAGCGGUGGAUUCAAAAGAAAGAAAUAAACAUCCCACAACUGAUUUUGAGCAGGAGGAUAGUGGACACUCUGAUAAUGAAAAGAAUGGAAACUUUUUGGGUGAUGAGUUGGAGAGCAAUGAUGAUGAUGAUAAUGAUCAUGAUGACAACUAUGAUGGCGAUGAUUAUGAUGAUGAUGAUGAGGAGGAGGAGGAGGAGGGGGAGGGGGAGGAGGGGGAAGAAGAACUAGAAGAUGAUGAAGGUAGUGAUGCUAUUCAAAAGUUUUCUGCAACAAGCUUGUCAGAGGAUAUUGAAAAAGGAAAAGCUGCCAGAAACCAGCUAAGUAAGUGAUGUUUCACUUCAAACUUUACUUUACAAAAAUUCUAGUCUUACGAUAGGUGUGCCAUCAUGCAAGACAUCUAGUUAAAUAAAUAAAAUUUAAGUUAAUAAUAAUGAUAGUAAUAACAAAAUCUCCUACAAAAGAUAAAAUGAAUGAAAAUAUUCAUGGCGUUAAUUAUUUUACAAUAUUUAUGUUCAUCACAACGUCAUUCCCAGGGCUUUUUCCCUUGACUGAAUUGCUCAAAUAAUAUGACUUUUUUGAAUCGAUCAGAGCACUUAAUGUUAACAAUUUCUCUUGGUAGCGCUUUCCAGUUCUUGACAGUUUUACAAAAAUAACUAUUAAAGGAGGGGUAGUACAUUUGUCUAGUUCUAUUUUUUCGCUUGUUGUAUUCAUACAUUACUGAUUAGGCAUCAUUUUUAUAUGUGUAUUUUGUAUUGUUGUGAAGGCCGUAAGUUAGAUAACUCAUUGGGUUAUCACGUCACCUUCGUUAAAUAAAGAAUAUUGUAUUGUAUUGUAUUGUAUUGUAUUGUAUUGUACAGUAGAUAUAAUGUAUAUUACAUGUGUGUAAGAAGGAUGUAAAAGGACUUCGAGUUUGUUUAUUUAGUGUUAUAUUUUCUCCAAGUAAGCCUAAAACAUUUUUUACGGUGGAUAGAUGUACAAAACAAUGUUUGAAAUGAGUCAUGUACAUGCAAGUCAAUUGUACUCCAUAUAAUUCAAAUAACCUAAUUCAAGUCGAUUUACGGCUACAUACAUGUACAGCUGUAGUCUGAACCUUGGAAUUGCAUUAUUUAAUGACCCAGCUUUUUAUAAUAAAGGUUAUAAAUCACACAGCCUGUUCACGUACAUGAAAAUAUAGGUGGCUGGUUGUAGUACUACUUGUACAUGACUGUAUAUAAGGUUAUUUCAUGUAUCAGCAUUUUCUUUUGCAGGUUUGUGGGACAGCUUUCUUGAAUUGCGUAUUAGAUUGCAGAAAGCCCUCCUAGUUGCCAACAAGCUACCUCAACAGAAACAGAUAGAAGAAUUCAAGUCCUCUGGAGAUAAGAACUUGAAAGACGAAUACAAACAAGGUACAGUAAGUUGACACUUGAUGCUUGAUAAACUCCUUCACAUUUUCUUUUAACUUUUGACAUGGACCAGUUUGGGAAAAUCCGUCAACCCCUUUAAAUGAUUAAACUUGCCAAAUUUGAAAGUGAUACGUCUUAAUCAAGUGAAGAUAUGGCUCGGCCAAGUUUCAAGAAUUUACAGACGUCUUUAGGGUAAAGGGCAAGCUGGAAGGGUCUAAUGUAAUGUAAUAUAAUAUAAUAUAAUAUAAUUGCAUUGCAUUGCAUUGCAUGUGAGUAUGACCGAACUGGAACAGACUCAGCUCAAGUUUUGAGUAAUUUUGCUGGGUGUCUCAAGGAAACCAUUUUUCUAAGUCACUAGAGUUGAGACUCAGUUGUUGAUCAGUGAUUUUCAAUUCAUGUGAGAAUUAUUCACCAAACUGGACCAGCCUUAGUUGAAGUGUUGAGUUAUUUUCUUUUGUGUGUCAAGGAGACAAUUCUUUUUAAGAAACUCAUGGUGAGAAUUAUAAAAAAAAAUGUGUACAUCAUGUUCUAAUUUUUAGCGUAGUGUGAAAUGGUACUUUUUCCCUUUCCAGAGUCUUAUGAUUUUUUUUGUGUGUGACAAUUUGCAGGAAAGAGAGCCUUGGCAAAACUUCUAGGAAACUUACUCUUAGUUCAAGAGAAACUGCUAGAACAGAAUCCAGACACUGCACGUGUUUUAAUACCAGGAACUGAAGCGAAGCAAAGUUCCGCUCAUGGUAGCAAUGAUGAUGAUGAGGAAAUUCCCAGUGAUACUGAUGAUGAAAAAAGUGAUGAUGAUGAUGAUGAUGUUGGUGAAAAUGGCGAGGAUAAGAACAUGGAUGAGGGGGCAGAGAAUAGUCUGAAGUUACCUGCCAAGAGAAAACAUGAGAUGGUGAGUUUUAACCUGUGUGCAGACAUCUCUGGUUUCCUUUGUUCCAUGUCCCUUUUCCUUGUGAAGCAAAGGAAAAAGGCUAGAUGAGGUUUCAUGUGGCACUUACAACGUACAGUAAGACUUCUUUAAUACAGACAGCAAAGGGACCAUGGUGGAUUUUUGAAUUACAGAAUUGUCCAUCUGUAAUAGAGAGAUAUCUGUACUGUGGAAUUGUCCUGAAGAAGCAGUGUGAUUGUGGUAUAAACAACUGCCUGAAAGGUUGUUGUACCUUACUAGUUAGUGUUUAUGGUUUAAAUUUGGCUUAUAAGUGCCGCUGUCGAUUUCAGACGGUGGAGUUGGUCUAUUAUACAACUCCUAACUCUAUAAUAAUUUGGUAGCCUACAUGUACCCCACCUUGCAAAUGUUCUUUUGGCCUCCUCACAUAAUAUAAUGCUGUAAGGAUACUGUUAACAGUGGUCUUGUCAACCAGCACUGAAAAAUUUAUUUCUUCGUGUAAUAACCACAAGAUUUAUAUAUAAUUAAAUAUGUAAAAUAUUUUGGCAGCCCCAGUGAAAGAAAUUAAAAUUUUCUUCUAUCUUCAUAGGCUACAUCAGAGUACGCAGAAUAUAUUUCAAAACGACAUGCUGCCUUCAAAAGUUACCGAGAUGCAACAAUAUCAAAAUGGAGUGAAAAAACACGUUUAGCUUCAGGGAAGCUAAACAGCAAGGUAUUUGUAAAUAUUGUCUGGUUGUGUCAGAUCAAGCGUAAAUGGGGUGUGCUUCUCCCGGGGGGGGGGGGUACUCCCUUACAAGGGGCUUAUAGGGAUGUGCCACUGGAUGGGGUCACAUUUUCACAACUGGAGUGACUAUAAUGGGGUCGCAUUUUCAAUAGAGUUUCUAGAAUGGGGUCGCAAAUUUUCGGAUUUUUGGGGUGAGUAGGGAUUCAAAAUGGGAAGAUCCUCUGUUAAAAAGUUGUUAACAAUAAGCUUGCAUUGACCGCAUUACAUUCUGCCGCUUGAAACCACAUUGAUAAGGUAGAUGUAUAAAUAGAAAGUGCCUAAGCUGGGAUCACAAAAAUUACAUUUUCCAAAAGUGACUAAGAUGGGGUAUAAUGGGGUAGGGGCUCUGAGAGGCCAGCAGCACAUACCCAGCAAACAUUAACCCAAGUCCCCCCCCCCCUCCCCCCUGGUGCUUCUAAGUUAUUAUAGAUAACCUAUUGCUUGCUACUGUAAAUGAUAUUCACAGGGUUCUGCAGCGUGCAGAGAAAGUCGUGUCCGAUUGCCUGGGGCUAGUGGAUUUUGCAAUCGGGCCAAAAACUUCGUGUCAUUUUCUCAAGUCAGCCCGACUGAUUUUUCGUACCCAGUUUAAACUAUGUUAAUGGUUAACCGGAAGUGAUGUGUCCUACUGACAUUAGCUUUCUGCUUUUUUGCAGUCUUUCAGCUCCUUUGACAGAUCAGCUUUAGCACAGAUAAAUCAUGUAAGUACGGCCGUCUACGGUACCCAUAUGCCAUCAAUUAUUUAAAGAACGCACCCCAGUUUUUUCUCGGGUGUCAAUAAUCUUAUAUGUGAGGCCAAGUCGUCAGACAGAAAGAAAAGAAAUUUUACAAUAACUGAGCGAAUCCUCGUGUGCUGAUUGGUCGAGAGCUAUGGUCUAUGAGAGUAUAGACCAUGGGAAUGAUGUAACAUGUCACGCAGUGCCGGUUGUUUUGGUUUUGGUUUUUUCCCCAAAAAAUAAAUGUUAUUGUAAAAAACAAAUCGACCACAAUUGUUCAUGGUCUACACUCUUAUAGACCUUAGAAAUGGCGCCAUGAAAUGUUCAAAACUUUGCAGUGAAACCAUGGAAAACCGUGGUUGAUUUUUAAAUAUGUCGUAUUUUUUUUAAUCCUUUUUUAAAUGAGCAUAAGCUUCCUCGUAUGUUAGAGGCUUUCUUUUCUCUUUUGGGCUAAUUGCCGCUAUUUCCUGAAUCCUUUCGUGAUUUCAGAUUUUAUCCGACAAAGAUCGUCUUAUCAAGCGUACACAACUGAAACGCUCUGCGUAUAGAGUGUUGGGAAAGUCAGAAGAGGAGCAAAGACAAAACAUGGAGUCUAGCGAGGUUUGUACUAAGAAUCUUUCGACAGCUGUAGGCUUUGAGUUACAAAAUGGACGACACUAUAUUUGUACCGUAUUUUCUCGAUUAAACGCCCCCGCCGGCGUUUAAUUAAAAUGUGCAGUUUUGACCAGGCGUUUUUUCGAGGCCGGCGUUUAAUCGGGGUCGGGAGUUUAUUAAUGAAAUACAGUCUUCUUUUUUCAUUUUUUUUUUCAGGAUGAUUUAUUAUUACCGAUCCUCGGAGACCCAGGGGCAGUUUGUCAGGGCGGGACCGCGAUUUUUCCCUUUGUCCUGUCCCUGGAUCUCCGAGGAUGAUUACCUUACGUACAUUAACAUCACCCAAAGUUACAGUAUUAGAGAGUUUUAAGCUUCACUUAUACGGCAAACGCCAAACGUCCAAUUCAAGUUGAGAAUUUCUCAAAAUAGAAAACGAGAAGAUGAAAACAGCUAAGAAAAUUCUUAUGGAUGAAAAAAAACUGCGUGAAACUACUAAUUUAUGUGUAGAAAUAAUGAACAGUAAACGACAAGCAAAGGGGAAACUUGCUCACGUGGUACAAAUUCGAGUUUGCCGUUUGAAGUAAACAUGAUGCUUAACCUCUCUAUUAUGGUACCGUACAUUUUGUUGUGCAGCAUCCUUCCUAGUUAUGUUACCCCGGUAUUUUUCCUUUGAACGGUCAUUAAAAUACCAAAACAAAAUACUGUACUUGGUAUGUCGUAACAGUGCUGUUCGUAAGAUUAUAUUUACUUGUAACCAGCCCUUGCGACCUCGACCGCAAAUAAACGCCGGGAACUCGACCAAACGCCAGGGCCCCGAUUAAACGCCUUCGGCGUUUAUUUAAAAAUCGGCAGUUUUGACUCGGCAUAUUAUCGGUGUCCGGCGUUUAAUCGAGAAAAUGCGGUAAGUACAUUAUGGCUAGGCUCGAUUUCCCACGCUUUCUCGGGUCCGCCCUGGAGUGCGGGCUCGUUUUCUGUACAGCGGCUGAUAAUCGAGCCUAGUAUAUGGCGUGUCCUUGAUAAACGCGUUUGGGUUAACUUGAUUGCGGUGGUGAAUAAGCUCACUAUCAGGGGAAUUUCUCUAAUUGUUCCAUCACUUUAUUUACAGGAGCAGUCGGAUGUUCAUUUAAGAGACUAUGACCCGGAGAUAUUUGACGAUGAUGACUUUUAUCAUCAGGUAAUAACCUCUGAUGGUGUCUUUUCGUUAAGGCAAGGCAAUGCCAAUUUCUGUUGUGCAAAAACCCAGGAUUAUGUCCACAGACCUAAAAAGAUUGCAUAACUAUAGCAGAAUUCUCGAAUCUGAUUGGAUAUCAACUGUCCUGAUUUCAGUACUAAUAGGUCUGUGUAAUAGGACAGUACAGUACUCGUCAAACUUUAACCCAGCUUAAAACGCUGGCACUGAAUCUNUAAUCGAGAAAAUGCGGUAAGUACAUUAUGGCUAGGCUCGAUUUCCCACGCUUUCUCGGGUCCGCCCUGGAGUGCGGGCUCGUUUUCUGUACAGCGGCUGAUAAUCGAGCCUAGUAUAUGGCGUGUCCUUGAUAAACGCGUUUGGGUUAACUUGAUUGCGGUGGUGAAUAAGCUCACUAUCAGGGGAAUUUCUCUAAUUGUUCCAUCACUUUAUUUACAGGAGCAGUCGGAUGUUCAUUUAAGAGACUAUGACCCGGAGAUAUUUGACGAUGAUGACUUUUAUCAUCAGGUAAUAACCUCUGAUGGUGUCUUUUCGUUAAGGCAAGGCAAUGCCAAUUUCUGUUGUGCAAAAACCCAGGAUUAUGUCCACAGACCUAAAAAGAUUGCAUAACUAUAGCAGAAUUCUCGAAUCUGAUUGGAUAUCAACUGUCCUGAUUUCAGUACUAAUAGGUCUGUGUAAUAGGACAGUACAGUACUCGUCAAACUUUAACCCAGCUUAAAACGCUGGCACUGAAUCUUAUUAGGAAGCUUUAGCAGCGACGACGGCGAUGGCAGCGAAAACCUUUUUUUUUUUGGCAAGCUUUGUCGCGUUUAUUCCAAUGCGCCGAAAAUGUCAAAUGUAGGCGAAUUCCUCUGGAGUUGAUUUCGUGCAGACCCCACUCAAGUUUAUAUAGAGAAAGAAAAAUUCGUCGUCGCUUUUUUAAUACGUUCUCUAAGAAACGUGAAAUUAGGCAUUUUCACGUCGUAGUCGUGCAGUGACAGCGAAAAAAUGUACAAAAAAGCGUGAUGCACGUGCAAAUUUGUUGUUUUUCGUGAUAAACAUGUUUCUUUUUUGACGUGCUCAUUGCCCUCGCCGUCGUCGUUGCUAAAGCUCCCUGUUGUGUUGGAAAGUACCCACAUGCCAUCAAUUCUUUAAAUUAAAUCUAAUUAGUCAGGCUAAUUAGAGCUGUUAAUUGUUUUUGUCUUUGAUAGCUAUUGCGGGAAUUCAUAGAGCAGCGAACAAGUGGAAGCACAGGAAAUCCAAUUGAAAUGGGAAGGUAAUAUCAUAGGCCUAGCAAACUGUAUUCAAGUAGCUACGUAUCUUAAGCUUUUGUGUCGGUUAUGUAAAGUAAACAGUUUGUGGCCGUGAGCCAUAUUUUUAUUUUCCACCUUACACGUAGUUGUAGUUGCAGAAAGUAAACUGCAUGUAGUAUUUCUCUUGCCGGUCUCCAACAGAUGACUGCACCAUUCGAACUAAAGGCUUUUUUGUUUCUUCUGUAAAAUGACACUUUUAGGCAGUGGCUUGAACUUCAAAAGCUUCGGCGAAAAGUGAAAAAGAAAGUUGACACCAAAGCGAGCAAAGGCCGAAAAAUAAGGUAAGCUUUCUUUGUUAGCCUACACAGUAUCUCUACUGUAGAUGGUUCUUUUUUUUUUUUCCUUCUCACGAAAGACUAGGUUAUUUCCAUCCAUUUCAACUCCGUAUAAAUUUCACGCUCUUCUCCAUGUGUUUCUUAUUAAACUAUCUAGGGGAUUUUUUUAAAAAAACUGGAGACAUGAUCUUGAUACAGUGUAUUCCCAUUUCCUUUCUCUACCACAGGGUUUAUUUUAUGUUUGAUAAACCAGCAAUAUUACUUGGGAAAAUACAGAGGAAACCUUGCUAACGGACACCUCAAUAAUAUGGACACCUCUGUGGAAUGUUUGUUUUCUUGAUCCCCAAGCUACCAAACUUCUUGCAAUCCCUACCUUUAAGAUACGGACAUCACCUCAUUGAUGGCUGUAUUCACAUUAGAGACAGAUUAUCCGUCUAAGACGGGUUACCCGUUGGAUAAUUUGUGUCAGACAAUGAAAGUGGAACGGUCUUAAUUGGAUGGGCAAUCGACUUUAUCCAUCGGUUUUUGCGUAAAGUUUGACGGAUUUUGAAGAUGGAUUCUCCGUCUCAGACGGAGAAUCCGUCUCUAGUGCGAAAACGGCCAUUGAUAGUCCCCUUUUUUACCAUGACCAUGUACAGCCCCAACCUCUACAAUGGAGACACCUCUGUAACGUUGACACUUGGGUAUGUCUCCCCCACCAUAAAAUGAACACCACUCUAUCAUGGAGAUUUUUGUAGGUCACAAAGAUACCAAACCUCAUACAAUCCCUACCUCUAUCAGACGGCCAUGUCUCGAUUACGGACGGUUUUCAUGAACUCUAGGACACCAAACUUCAUGCAAUUCCUAAUUCUUUAUACAGACAAUUCUUCAGUGUGGACACUUGGGUGCGUAUUCCCCUCCAUAAUACGUACAUCUCUCUAUUACGGACAUUCUGGUAUCCUUCUUUCUCAAGCUUUUAUGCUUCAUUGACUGAUAAUUUUACCCGGGAAAAUAUUUCUUUAGUUCUCAUUGCCGCCUAUCGAGAAAGGUUUCUCUUUCCUCUAGCUGUACUCACAGUUUUCAGAUAACAAACGUGCCCUCUUUGUUUACAGAUACGAUAUUCAUGGAAAACUUGUCAGCUUUAUGGCGCCAAUAGAGAAAGGGGCCAUGGCAGACUCAUCAAGGUAUGUACUCGUUAACUAUGUCCUCGUUUCUAAUAUCUAAUCAAGAAGACUACUUUUUAAAGAUGCGUACAACGAAGUAGCUGUUAGUGUAGACUUGUCAGAAGUCGACUGCGUGAGUGCCGGGCUUUGAGAAAGUUUACUGUUAGUGGUGUAGAACCACUAAUGGAAACAUCGUUAUUAAGGUCCCUUUUCUAGCCUAACGUUCUUGAAGUUGUGUGUAUACGUUUCUUGCUAAAUAAUCAAAGAAAUAGACAAAUUGAUUAAUUAAUUAAUUAGCGCAUGUGCUGACUAAAGAAAAAACGAAAAUGUCACUAAAAUUUCGAGAUGAAUAAUUGCGAUCUCUUUGGAACAAGGCGUCGUUGUUUACUGCUCAUCCCUUUGAUUAAUGUGCUUGUUUCUGUUCUUUUGGCAGAAACGAACUAUUUUCUUCUCUUUUUGGGACAAAACAACAGGAACAAGUCGUAGACAUCAAUAUUUUCAGAUAGCAGCCAUUGCAGGGUGUCAUAUUCUCAUACAGCCGUUGUAUCGCCGGCGUCUCUCUACCCCUUACGUUGGUGUUCACGCGCGAUCUCGGCCACGUCGAACUGAGUUAUUACAUCCAAGAGGCAGCGGG